AUGGCUCCCAUCACUGAAGAGGCCGUUUCUGGCCUGAAGAACACCAUCAACCAGUUGGAGGCUAAGGUGUCCGAGCUCGAGGGCCGUCUCGCCAAUGGCGGAAAGCCCAAGUCUGUCGCCGAGCAGAUGCGCAUCAUCCUGAUGGGUCCUCCUGGUGCAGGCAAGGGUACUCAGGCCCCCAACCUGAAGGAGAAGUACUGCGCGUGCCACCUGGCUACCGGAGACAUGCUGCGCUCUCAGGUCGCGAAGAAGACCGACCUCGGAAAGGAGGCCAAGAAGAUCAUGGACCAGGGUGGUCUCGUCAGCGACGAGAUCAUGGUCAACAUGAUCAAGAGCGAGCUUGACACCAACUCAGAGUGCAAGAACGGUUUCAUCUUGGACGGUUUCCCCCGCACAGUUGCCCAGGCUGAGCGUCUCGAUGAGAUGCUGGGCCAGGAGAAGAAGCUCCAGCACGCCAUUGAGCUGCAGAUCGAUGACUCCCUGCUGGUGGCUCGUAUCACCGGUCGUCUCGUCCACCCUGCCUCCGGCCGUUCCUACCACAAGAUCUUCAACCCUCCCAAGGAUGACAUGAAGGACGACGUCUCCGGCGAGCCUCUCAUCCAGCGCUCUGAUGACAAUGCCGACACCCUGACCAAGCGUCUGGCUACCUACCACGCCCAGACCACCCCGGUUGUGGGCUACUACAAGAAGACCGGUAUCUGGCGUGGUAUUGAUGCCAGCCAGGAGCCCGGUCAGGUCUGGAAGAGCAUUCUUGGUGUCUUCCGCCAGUAA